UGCGCGCGAGCUUGUCUUCGCUGAGAAGAACAUUUAUGAAGUGAUGACCAGUGUUUGUAGGGCUCCUGCUUUCACCUUAGUAAUAAUUAUGAAUGUUCCACCUUUAUUGUACAUCGCACACGAAACUUGGGAGAUUUACGGAGGACGAGGAAUUAACAGAGAGUAGCUAACAACUAGCCUCCACAAAAAUACACUAGUCAUAGUUGCCUGGAAAUAUUACUCUAUAUCAGUAUCAAGUCAAACUAAAGUGAAUAAAGAGUGAAGAACUGCCUGCAAACUUAAAGUGCCUUUUCUAAACACGGAGUUAGCAUUUGCUGGUGUGAGUUAGUAUUUAAUUUAACAAAUUGACUGAAUAAGUUUAGGUAAUGUUUUGUUCCGAAUGUGGUGCCUUGGAAGGCCAACAAUGACGGCUUUACGAGGUCUUUCCAUCUCUUGCCAAGAAUGACGAUUCCCUGAUUUUUCGUGAGAAGUGGAAAAAAUUUCAGUGGAUGCCUCAUCGUGCUUCUGAAAGUUUUUCUUGUUUUGUGAUGAAUUUAAUUUUGAACUUGAGCAUUUAUUUUAUGGUUUAUUUUAAUAAUAAUGGCUGAUAAUGAGUCCAACGCACGGAGAGCUUCGACAGGCAUCACUUUCUCUACCUCAUCUUGCAACGUUCGGCCUUACUCACACGUCAUCACGUCUGCUGAUAGUAAUGCUUAUCGUAAUCAGUUCCAGGAUCACCGUGAUGAUUCAGGGUUGACCCCUCACUCUCCUCACCAUACAGCUUCUCCAAUCCCUCGGUCCCCUUUACAUUCAGCGUCUCCACAUGGGUCACCUCACCGGUCACCUCAUCGACUUGGGGAUACGUCUUCCAAUUUCUUCUCAGAACGGAGGCUUUCGCAAUUGUUUGAUGUUGAUUCAUGGAUUGAGGAAGAUCUCAUUAAUGGACUCGAGGGUGAAGAUCAUGGCCGUGAGCCACCUCCUGAGCCCGCCCCGAGGUCUUCAUACUGUCCUCCCUCUCCUCCUACGUCCAUGUACUCAACAAUCGGGCACCAACUCAACCCUUAUCAAAGCCACGCAUUGAACUACCCCACUCUUUUCGUCAACCCGGAACUGUACCCUGAGCUGUCACCUAGCGACGGCUCAGAGCCUCGAUAUUCAGGAGACUUUCAGUCCGAUUUGGCACGUCUGUCGACCGUGAGCGGAGCCUCCUCUCAUUUUUCGUCGCACGUUUUCUCCAAUAACGAUCAAGGCAACGACACUUACAAAGGCGAAAGCAGUAGUGGUAACUGCGAUGCUUCAACUCAGCAUCAGUCUUCCCCAAAAAGAAAACCGGGAACUCCUAAAGCCUCGACCUCAUCCGCUGAUGGGGCGCUUGAAUCAUCGCAUUCUUCAUUUUCUGACCGGCGCGAAGCCCUGGAACGAAGGGUAAGCGGCGUUGCUUCUCUGCCAUCACUUCUUUCUGAAUUGGGACAACAACUCGAGAGUACCCGCGACGAUGGCUGGCUCGUUGAUCGGGACGAUGCAGACGGCAAAGUUGAUUGGCAGAACCGUUGCCUGGAAUUGGAAAUGUCCCUGCAGAAGUUUCGUGAUCACGCGGGAGAGAUCCGUAACAUGCUGCAUGAUAAGCAACUGUUCGGAAAGUUGUCGAGCCUCGAGAUGCGCGUUGUCGAGGCGGAGACGCGGGCCGACGAAGCCGAGGAGAAGGUUCGUCAGAUGGAAGAUAGACUAGCGUGGAGCUCUCCAAGCAGCGCCCUGCCUGCGCCUGCAGGAGACGAAGGUGGUGGCUCUGCCUCACGUGGCGAGGCUGGGGGAGGCACCACUGACGUGGUCAUCACCUCUCUCACCACACAAGUAGAGGAACAGCGGCAGCUGCGGCUACAGGACGCGCGCAAGGUGGAGGCCAAAGCCGCUAAGAUCAAGGAGUGGGUCACCAAUAAGUUGAGGGAGCUGGAGGUGCAGAACGCAGUGCUGCGUGAGCAGAACGCUAAAUGCAACGUUCAGCUGGAGCUGCUCAGAGGCCGUCUCGCUCAGCUCUCUUCCCUGCACGCUGACCAGGAGACACAGCUCAAAUGGAAGCGUCGGUCCCUUAGUCUACCCAAGGAGAGCGGGCACGGUGGGUACGACGGUGUGGUCGAGGAUGUGGUGGGCGGUGAGGUGCCCGAGACCGGCCUCUACAUGCCCGCUCGGCCCUCCACGCUGGGCAGAGAUCGCCGCAGCAAGUCAAGGUCGCCCAACAGCAUACGCAGGGCGAGCUCCAGCGACACUGACGCCAACUACGCAGACCAAAACCGCAACAAUGCACUCCACCCACACCACCGUCAUCACCACCAUCAUCACCACCAGCAGCACCUGCACCACAUGCAUCAGUCACCUCAACACUACGCGCAUCUCAAUCAGUCACCACAACACCUGCCUCAUCAUCAAUCACCACAACACCUACCUCAUCAUCAGUCCCCACAACACCUACCUCAUCAUCAAUCACCACAACUAACACACCAUCAAUCACCACACCUGCAACACCAUCCCUCACCACAACACAGCAGUCUUCUUCUCAACGGCCGCAAUAGUCCGGCAUCACUGCGACUUUCUAACGUCUCCGAAAACUCCAACAAAAAUCGUCGUGUCACUCCUAGGGACUCGAGAGUAGACUCUGGGUCUGUAGACCUUGAGACUCCUCAGAGCAUGAGUCCUAAGAGUCCUCUGGAAGCGAUGCUGAACAGCCUGACUCACAGCUCUGGCAGUCUAAGUCUCACACACAGCAGCAACGGUAGUCUACCACGCAGCAAUCGUGCGUGCGACAGCCCGCGCAAACCUGUCCCGCAGCCACGCACAACCAAGCCUGGCCUACCAGGCACCAGUUCUACUCACCACUCAGGAGUUGGCUUCCCAAGCACUCAUAGUUUAGAUCAGCAGCAGCAACAACAGUCGCAUAGCCUCAGCCACAGUGCGGACAGCCUCAACAGUUCGGCGGAACGAGCGUCUAGACUCUCAAGAGGAGAGGACGGUCAUGGCAAUGAGUACAGCGAGAUCUACACCCCCAGCAAGGAGUGGCCGGGAGGAGGCGAAACUAAUGGGGAAAAACCACCUACGCCUCCUUUGCAUCGCUUCCCUUCCUGGGAGAGCAGAAUAUAUCAGGUCGCCCAGGAAGGACUCUCCCGCCACAGCGGCAUGUGUGGAGGCAGCAGCGACGGCAGCUUCACGGGGGAGACGCGUGGUGGCGGCCGUCGCUCUUCAGGCUUGGGCAGUUAUCCUGAGAUCCACGUGCCUGUCUAUGCUGCUGUCAAAGGGCGUGCCAGCCAGAUCCGAUCUGUCCCGUUCACCGGCGACUCGUCAGACUCGUCCGACAAUGAGGACCAUUGUAUGGGGGGAGGCAGUGGGGCUGGCGGGCUCUCUUCCCACACUCCCUCUUCUGCUGACUCUUCCUCUUCUUCACCUUCGAAGAGCAAAACUUCUUCUCUGUCUCCUGCCAAGCUGUCUGGGUCAUCGCCCUCGAGGAGCAUGAGAAGAGACAUCUCGUUCGAGUCUGGCCUGUCGGACGACUACGCCAUCCCCCCCGACGCCCGCAGUGAGAGUUUAUCAUUCGACACGACGCUGCCACUGAGCGCCCGUAACUCCUGUCUCGACCACACCAUCAACACUACCCCGCGCACCAGCAGCCUAGAGCCUGCUAACGCACCUACGCCUUCACAUACGCUCGCUAACAGCACUUGUGGCGGCAGCGUGGGCAGUGUAGGUGGCAUGGUGUCACCCCGACCAGACAGUCUCGAGAAGAGCGGCUACCUCACCAAACUCGGCGGUAAACUCAAGACGUGGCGCAAGAGAUACUUCGUACUCAAGGACGGCACGCUCUCGUACUGGAAGAGUCAGUCUGACGUGACGAGAAGCAAGGCUGCUGGUGAGAUAGUUCUGGACGGCAACUGCAGAAUCAACAGAUCUGAAGGCUCGCACACGUUUGAAGUCAACACUGGCAAGAAGACUUACUACCUCACCGCCGACACCACCAUCACGGUGGAGGACUGGGUCCGCACACUGCAGAACGUGGUGCGACGUAACGCCACCCGCCUGCUGCUGAGCCGAGAGGACCAGCAGCCAACACUGCAAGGCUGGCUUACUAAAGUUAAGCACGGACAUCCUAAGCGCUGCUGGUGCGUUCUCAUCGCCAAGACCUUCAUCUACUUCAAGAACCCAUCAGAGCAGACGCCCCUGGGCCAGAUCAACAUGCGGGAGGCGCGGGUGGAGGAGGUGGAACGCGUCUCGGACAGCGAGGGCGAAGAGACUCCCGGGGAUGAGAUCGGGGCUGGACAAGAGGACCUCACCAUCGCCAUCUUCCCCAACAACCAAGGCCCCACGUACCUCAUCAUGCCCACAAAACAGGAUAAGGACCAAUGGUUGUACCACCUCACCGUGGUGUCGGGAGGAGGCAGCACGGCAGGCACGCAGUACGAACAGCUCGUCCACAAACUCAUGGAGCUCGACGGAGAUCCCAACUGCGUGCUGUGGCGCCACCCACUCCUGCUGCACUCCAAGGAGCCCCUCGCCUCCCCCCUCACCUCCCUCCCCACCCCCGCUCUCCAGGCCGAGGCUCUCAAGCUCUUCAAGUCGGUUUCACUGUACACGUCAGUGCUGCUAGACGCGUCGGGCAUCGACUACCACGUGGUGCUGUGCCAGAACGCACUGCAGCAAUGCCUCGAUGUUCCUGAACUUCAGUCUGAGCUUUUCUCUGCUCUAAUAAAACAAACCUCAAAGCACCUGCAAGCCAAAGCCGGCGUGCAGAACCUGCUGCUGUGCGCGACGCAGAGUCUUUUCCUAUGCGACUCCUCGGGUGCCCAGAAGGCCUCGCCUACACUAGGCAGUCAGCAACAGCUGCCCGCAGAUCCUAAGAUCAACCCGCCAAGCUUCACCUUCCUGCAAGGCUGGCAGUUCCUCGCCCUCGCCGUCUCGCUCUUCGUGCCCCGCAACAGCAAACUGCUUUGGUACCUCAAACUUCACCUACAAAGAAAUGCCGACCCGAAAACGGAACAAGGCAAGUACGCUGCGUACUGCCAGCGCAGCUUGAACCGCACCCUCGAGCUGGGGGGCAGAGAAGCUAAGCCGUCCCGCAUGGAGGUGCUCUCCAUCCUCCUCAAGAACCCCUUCCAGCACAGCCUCCCCCACGCCAUUCCUGUCCACUUCAUGAAUGCCACUUAUCAGGUGGUUGGUUUUGACGGCAGCACAACCAUUGAAGAAUUUCUGUGCUCGCUGAACCACGAGAUAGGCUGCCGCGACGCCCAGCAGAGCGGCUUUGCCCUCUUCUCCGACGACCCCAUCGAGAAGGACCUCGAGCACUGCCUCAACCACAGCGCUAAGCUUUGCGACGUCAUAUCGAAGUGGGAGACAGCUCUGCGCGAGAAGGGAUCUGGCAAGUUCGAAAAUACCAAGGUUAUCAGAUUAUUAUUCAAGUCGCGGUUGUACUGGAGAGCGCUGAGCAAGAAUGAGACAGACCGAGAGAAGCUUCUGCUUUGCUACCAAACAAGCGCACAGAUCCAACUGGGCAGAUUUCCCCUUACCAGGGAUUUAGCGCUGGAGUUGGCCGCGCUCAUGGCCCAGAUCGACAUGGGGGAGGUGAACAGCGAGCGCUCCCGAGGGUCGGGGUCUGGGGGACCGUCCCCUGCCCACGUCCUACAGGCCUACAACAAAUUCUACCCCCCGCGGUAUCGAGAAGAUCCUCCUGACCAGGCGACUCUCGACUCCCUGCUGGAGAAGUGGCUGGGUCUCAGAGGUCGGAGUCAGGCCGAGUGUGUGCGCAUCUGCCUGACAUGUCUCCGUAAAUGGCCACACUUCGGAGCAGCGCUGUUCCCAGCAGCCAUGCCUCCUCUUCCACCUCCACACAAUCCAAGCAGCAGCUCGUCUUCAGGCGGCACGACGAAGAGCAGCGGCAGCCCAUCGAGCCCCACGACUCCCCCUACACCGUUGUGGGUCGCCGUCAGCGAGGAGGCCGUGUCUCUCCUCGAGUUCACCGCCAUGACGCCCAUUGCGAGGUACGCGUACAGCAGCGUGGUGACGUUUGGAGGAUGUCAGGAGGACUUCAUGCUGGUGGUGCACACGCGGGAAGGCGAGCAGGGCGUGCCCGGCACCCACAAGCUCCUACUCAGCAUGACUAAACCAAAGAUAUUAGAGUUGACCCUGCUGAUCGCGGACUACAUGAACGCCCUGGGACGAGCUCUUCCCCCUGGAACUCCCCAGCCUCCAGGCAGCCUCACGAGACACGGGUCCAGAAGGUCGACGAGAUGCCACGUGUCUUCCUCUCAACCCCCUCCCCCCGACCUCCUCAAAAUGACCUGUGAUGUAGACAACAGAAAGAAGAUUCAUGAGGGGGGCGUCUGACCCCAUCUGCCCCCCGUAGUGUCACCUCCCCCUUCUCCCGCUCUCCCAUUAGUCCAUCAACGCACAUCACUCAUCCAUCACCUUCCCAUUAGCACCACCAGCACAGUCACAUCGCGCUCAUCAUCAUUCAGUUUACAUUCAUCUCCCGCUGUCAGUAACGUAUUCCAGGGGCCAUUCACUCAGUUUUCAUACUGCCACUCCGGUGCUCUCUAUUCCCAAACCAAAGCCCUCUCUGUUCAGUCGUCCCUAAGUGUCCCCAGGGUGUCCCCUUCUGGCUCCCAGUCUCCCCGCCCCGUGGGGCUGGUGCACCAAAUUUCUGCUCCAGCUCCUCAAGCGCAUUAUGGAACAGACUUCUUCACGGACGCCGCGAACUGCAGCAGAGAGACGGCCCUAAGGCAACUAAGUGUUGCUUCUACAGCGGCCGGGCGUCUUUUUGACCAGUUCCCUAAGUUUCGUCGGGAUGAAGAUGUCUUACUUCAACGCAAGCAACCUCCUCUAGCUCCUUUUCUGCAACACCAGCUACAGACUCCAUUAACCCCUCCACUCUGUCACAAGCCACCACUCCCUCAGAAGCUUCCCUUAACGCCUCCUCUGACCCAGAAGUCGCUGAGCCACCGCGCCGUGCAUCCUCAACUGCUCCUACAGCAGCAGCAAAGCGUGCGCGCUUUCCAGCGCGGUUACACAACUCGGGCAUCCGCCGUCCGGUUUAUGGUCGGACCGACGUCCACUUUAUAGGGACGUGUGCGAAUUUAGAAGCGUUCUAGCUAUCGCAACUUUGUGCUAUGAUGUCACAUGACGACGCCUUGCAUUAUUUGUACCCAUCAUAACUUUUUAACGAUAAAAGGCUUUAGUAGAAUUUAGACAUAUUUCCGCUAGUUAUUCAGGAAAUUUCAACGAAUUGUUUCGAUGUUGUCAUCCUCUGAAACUGAGAUGGAAAGCAAACAGUGCUAUCAAUUACUUUCGUCAAAUUCUUUUGUUCUAAUUUAAAAUGUUUUCAAAUAAUUUUCUACUGAAAACACAUUAUUGACGGCCAGUAAUGAUGAACUGUGCGAUUGAAUAAUUGACUAUUUGAUUCAAGCGCGUGCAUCAAGUUCUUAUCUUGUGAUUUUUCGGUUGAAGAUAUCACAAAUGAAAAAGACAUAUGUCGUCGAUUUUUUAUGCUAUUUGGCUUUAAAUGGAUCCCAUUUACGAUAGUGUCAUGAGCGCAUGGCAUCCACUUGGUUUGCUCCAAUGUUCUGCCAUUGCAACGCGUCCGCCACGAAUGAGUUUUUUCGUAUCAAGUUAAGUGAACUCGUUUCGCGAGCAGCAGCUCAAACGUAAAAAAAAAAUACUUUAAGUAUCUACAUUAUUCCUGCUGCAGAGUUUUACCGCUACUAAUCUAUUAAUAAACCAGAGACAAAUAAUCGUAUCGCAACGUUAGAGUUCGUUCGCGCCAGUUACCAUUGUAGCCAAAUAACAAUUUACUGUGUGAAAUUAAUUUAGCCAUAAUUUAUGAAGCUAAUUUUUAAGAUACUAAAAAUUAACAUGUAUAAUUUUCAACAGAGAUUAAGUUGUAGGCUGUAUAAUUGCUUCAAAUCUAUUAUAGUUGCGGUUUUGAAGUUCUAUGUCAACCAAAUAGUGCACAAGUUCGGAACUCCUGCUAAAAUACUCAACUAUUUUUCUACGUCUGCUGCUAGCUACUAGGUCGAAAAUAUGCUAACAAAUUAAUGUCAUUUCAGUUACUCGCAUAAACUGCACAUUUCGAUUAUCAAUGAGGAAAAAUGAAUUAUUCUAUUCGCUCGUCUAACUUUAUUACGCAAAUUGGAAGCAUAAACAUUAGUUGCUUUGAUUCAGCGAGUCCAAUUCUUGAAAUUAUUUUUCACGUCUGGGCGAGUUAAACUGAAAUUUUUCAAAGGAUUCAGUGGCUGGUGGUGAGCUUAGGUAUGUCUAAUGUGCAAGAGUGUAGAUCAAUAUCUACAAGGAUUAAUUA